AUGCAUCCACUCGCUCUCCUUUGUGUACUUGUGACGGUCUCCGUCACCUGUGCUCAGCCUCAACUCCCCCAUGCCUCCUCAGAGAUGGUGGACCUUAUUAACAAAGCCAACACCAACUGGACGGCCGGGCAUAACUUCCAUAACAAUGAUACCAGACAUCUGAAGAGACUGUGUAGGACUAUUCUGAAUGGACCCAAGCUGCUAGAGGUGAUUCACAGUACUGAAGGCAUAAAGCUUCCGGACAGCUUUGACGCACGCCAGCAGUGGCCCAAAUGUCCCACAAUCCAACAGAUCAGAGACCAGGGACCAUGCGGGUCCUGCUGGGCCUUUGGGGCAGCUGAGGCGAUAUCCGACAGGUUAUGUAUCCACAGCAAUGGUCAGAUCUCUUUGGAGAUCUCUGCCGAAGAUCUGCUGUCCUGCUGUGAUGAAUGUGGCAUGGGCUGUUUUGGUGGUUACCCAUCGACUGCUUGGGAGUUCUGGGUGAAGAAAGGGCUUGUGACAGGAGGCCUGUAUGACUCCAAAGUUGGCUGCCGACCCUACAGCAUCGCUGCCUGUAAGCAUCACGUGAAUGGGACUCGUCCUCCGUGUAAGGGUAAACGGGAGACCCCGAAGUGUGUGGAGAUGUGCAUUGAUGGAUACUCACCAUCCUAUCAGAAGGACAAACACUUCGGUAAACGCAUAUACAGCGUCCCGUCCCAACAGGAGCAGAUCAUGAUAGAGCUGUACAAGAACGGGCCUGUGGAGGCAGCUUUCUCUGCAUACGCAGACUUUAUGCUGUACAAGACCGGUGUGUACCAGCAUGUGACAGGACAGAUGGUCGGCGGUCAUGCCAUCAAGAUCCUCGGCUGGGGAGAGGAGAAUGGGACGCCCUACUGGCUCGCUGCAAACUCCUGGAACAGUGACUGGGGAGAUAAAGGUUUCUUUAAGAUCAAGCGUGGAAAUAAUGAGUGUGGUAUUGAGUCGGAGGUGGUCGCAGGAAUCCCACUUUAACUAGAUUAAAUGAGUCCUGGCUGC